AUGCACACCCAUCAUACCCAAAUCACCGACGCGAUCCCUGUCGACCAGCCGAAACCACUCACACAGGAUAAAAUGUCGCACUUCUUGAAGAACCGCGAACGACUGGAGUGCCGGGUGACGAUAUUCCACGCCAAAGUCGCGCAGAAGAGCUACGGCAACGAGAAACGAUUUUUCUGCCCACCCCCAUGCAUCUACAUCGAAGGCGAGGGCUGGAAGGAGAAGAAGGUGGCCGUGCAGACACUGUAUAAGGAGUGGCGGUUGCAUCAAAAACGUGCCAAUCAACUCCCCGAAUACACAGCUGAACAAGAAAAACAACAGGAAGAGCAGGCGGCGGAAUUGGUGUCCUACAUUGGCAUCGGCGGCUCCUCAGAACAAGACCGUCAGGCCCUCGAUUUUACGAAUGGGAAGGACUACUGCGCCGCGAAAACGCUGUACAUCUCCGACGCCGACAAGCGCAAGUAUUUUGAGCUGAACGUCGCCUUCUUCUACGGGUGUCACCAUCAGAUUGGCAACUUUGCCAGCCAGAGGAUUAAGGUGAUCAGCAAGCCGUCAAAGAAAAAGCAGUCGAUGAAGAACACGGACUGCAAGUAUUUGUGCAUCGCCUCGGGGACAAAGGUAGCGCUGUUCAAUCGGUUGCGCUCCCAAACGGUCUCCACACGCUACCUCCACGUCGAGAACGGGGCCUUCCACGCGUCGUCGUCAAAAUGGGGCGCGUUCACGAUCCAUUUGUACAACGACGACCCGUCCACCGCCGAAUCGGCCGACUUCAACGUGAAAGACGGGUACAUCUACUACGGGGCCGUCGUCAAGCUGGUCGAUUCCGUCACCGGAAUCGCCUUGCCAAAGCUGCGCAUCCGGAAGGUCGACAAACAGCUCGUCCAGCUCGACGUCGGCGUGGAGGAGCCGGUUUCGCAGCUGCACAAGUGCGCCUUCCAGAUGGUGGACAAUGAGCUCGUCUACCUCUGCCUCAACCACGACAAGAUCAUCCAGCAUCAGGCCACCCGAACCGAUGAGCAUCACCAUCAGAUCAACGACGGGGCGGCGUGGACGAUCAUUUCCACGGAAAAGGCCGAGUACGCGUUCUACGAGGCGAUGGGCCCGGUGCGCGACGUGGUGACCCCGGUGCCGGUGGUGACCUCGCUGGACAUGAUGCAGGGCGGCCACGAGAGCCCUCGUAUCGAGCUGCAGGGCGUCAACUUCCGGCAGAACAUGAAGAUCUGGUUCGGCAGCACGCCCGUUGAUACCAUGUUCCGUUCUGACGAAUCGCUGACGUGUAUCGUCCCGUCGUUGGCCGUGAUUCGCGAGGAUUUCGCUGAUGGCGACAUGUUUGAUGUGCCCAUCUCGCUUGUCCGUGACGACGGGGUCAUCUACUCCACAAACAUGACCUUCAGUUAUAAGUCUGCUCACCCGCUGGCCCGUGGCUAUCGCUGC